AUCACUGAAUGUUUAGUAUUGUUUAGACGUAACUGUUGUGUCAUUUAGUGAUUGAGUUUGACUGACAAUUGCUGACCAUUUGUUGUCAUUCAGUGAUUGCAAUGUAAGACUUGAUUCAUAACAUUGUAAAACAUAUGUCUUGAGGCAAACAAUGACACGAAAUAGUCAUUUGGAUGAGAUAUCAAUGAAAUGAACCACAGAUGCUAUUAUUGAAUAUACUGUUAAACUGAUUGUCUCUCCAGAAGUUAACAUUAAGUCAAUGUCUUCAGUGAUUCCUGAGAUUCGAGUCUAUUCGCCGUCGGAAACGACACAAGAAAUUAAUAAUAAAAUGAAGAGAAGUGUUGGCGAUUACAAUGCAAAAGUUGGUGACACCAGUGAUGCCAAUAAAAGCUUGAAUGGAUUGGACAAGAAUGAGGUGAAAUCGGAUCUAAUUUCUUGGGAAAAUACAUUUCAUAUGCGAAACAUAAAUCUAAUGAAUUUCGGCACCAAUUUAUUGUCCAAUCGGUCCACUUAUCGAUCGCAUGCCAUAUCUCUUCACAGGCAAAGAAUGGGCGGAACGUCGAGUACUCAUAAAUCGUUGAAUAUAUUAAGACAAGCACUUCAACAAUCAAUUAAUAAAGAAAUCAAUGAAGUGAUUCAAAAAUAUUUGGACCGAUUUUUUCGACCGGCUAUUGAUAAUAUUCGCAAUAAUAAUGGCCCCAAUUCGGUGUCCGAACAGCAUAUUCAAGCCGUUUGCCAACAAAUAUUGGAAGAAUCGAAAAAAAUGUAUUUUGCGUCCAGUUUUACACGAUCUAACAGCCCAGCUAUGAAUGGCGUUUCAAGCAAUGGUGACAAUACGUCUGAUAAUGAAAAUAAUAAUCCCACAGAAGUGGAACCAAAGCCUCGACCAGUUGGUCGACCAAAGAGAGUCAGAGAUUCAGACAGCGAUUCAGAAGUUGGUUCUCUUCAUACACUAAAACCGAUAGCUUCGAGAAAAGGCAAACACGCGAAGCACUCAUACCAUCAUAAUUCAAGCGGACAUUCGGGUCGUUCUACUCCUACAGUUGGCAGACCUCAUAGCAAAACUGUUAAUUCAGACUCUGCUAAAAGAGUCGUAAGAGACUCAAAGAAAUGGGAUCCAAACCGACUGUCCACCGAAACAUUGUUUGUUUUGGGAUCCAAAGCCAAUAAAGCAUUGGGCUUUGGAUCAACAAGAGGUCGAUUAUAUACAAAACAUGCGGAUCUCUUUAGAUAUAUAGGAGAUCAAGAAGAUAAACAAUGGCUUCACGACAAUCAUUUGAUGCCACCAGCAGGUGGUAGAGCUUAUCUACUAAUUAAAGAAGAUAUAUUAGAUUUAAUAGAAUCGGAUGAAUAUAAUGGCGCACCGGGAGUUAAUGCAAAUGACAUGGGAUAUGGAUUUACUGUACCUCAGAGUAUGAUUACCAAAAUGCAGGCCGUAAUGGAUAGCAUGCGUAACAGUGAUAUGUCGCGCAAAAAGAUUGAAAGCAAAUCACGAGCGCUGGCAUCCAAUCCAUUGUCUUAUCAAUUAUUAACAGAUAAUUCAAACACUAAUCAAUCCAAUGACACGUCGAGAGUAUCAAGAGAGACAUCAUUAGAGCCGAGUCGUCCAGAAAGUGUUGUAUCACCGGCUGAUGACCUGGAAUUGCCGUCAGCUGAUCCAUCACCGUUUAGUAUUGGAGCCUCUUGUUUUGAAAGUGAUGUCAGUCCUACCGGUAAUGAUAACCAAAUAUCUCCCAUUCCUUCAGUUAUAAGCACUAAUAAUAUGAUUGAUAUUUAAAGUAAGCGUUACAUUAUAUUGUUAUAAAUUAAAAAUUGUAAUAACAAGGAAAAAAUGAUACCAAUUAUUAGUUACCAGUUCUCAGGUAUUCAAUCAUUAUUCCUCAUAAUUCCCGUUUUCGCCACUUUCUUGUAUUUAAUGUAUAAAUGACAUCAAAUUGUAUAUAAUAAC